AUGACUUCCGUGAAAUUUGGACUUUUUGAUGAUUUUGUUGUCGAGGUAAUGCUUGCUAUAGACGUGGAGGCCGUAGUAGUAGUCAGUGGGGUUUUGACGGUAGUCGUAGUCGCUAAAGUUGUUGUUGAGGAAGUCGAUAUGGGAGUUUUUGCUGUAGUUGUCGUAUUGGUAGUUGUCGUAGUCGUUGAAGUAGUAGUUGAAGUAGUCGUUUUGGUCGUUGUUGUUGUUGUUGGCGGUGAUGUCGUUGUUGUUGCUGUUGUUGUUGUUGCUGUUGUUGUUGUUGUUGUUGUUGUUGUUGUUGUCGUUGUUGAGGUGGAGGUGGUGGUAGGGAUGGUAGUUGUCGACGGCGCAGUCGUAGUAAUUGGAGUAACGAUAGUAGUAGUAGUUGUUGUUGAUAUUGUUGAUACUUGUGGUUCUGCUUCUUUUUCCGUAGUCGUUACACUCUUACUGGACAAGAGUACCCUUAUGUCCUUCAGAUUAUAUAUGCAAGGCGUAAACCUGUCUACCUGUGACUAUGUCCGCCGUACUCCUCUACAUGUGGCUGCCAGUGAAGGUGAUCUCAAUAUGGUGAAAAUACUUGUGAACGUGGCCAAAGUGGGUGUAGACGCUCGAGACAGAUGGAAUCGAUCCGCUCUAGGCGAUGCUCGAUUCUUCAAACACACUGCCUGUGUUGACUUUUUGGAACGUGCCGUAGCUCGACCAGAAGCACGGCGUAGCCAAUCGAUCUCUUCCGAAGAUUCUGAAUCGGAAGACCAUCCGUUAGAGAUCGCUCAACGACCUCUGUUUAGUCUCGACACCUCGGAGCAGCAGUGA